AUGAAUGAUGGACAAGAGUGCAAACGCUCUGCGGCGAAGCAUAUUGUUGUAACCAAGAUGCGACUGUCUCGUUGCUUGCUGCCCUUGGCAUCCACUGUUUCGUACUGUUUCCACCCAGGCAGUGCAGCGAAUUUGUCUGCCUUUGUCAGUAACACCACAGCCGGAGGCGGCAAGAGUACAGGCCGACACAUGACAUCCGGUGACGACGCGGGACGAUCGCCUUUGGAUCACGAAUACCCAGGCACAGCCGUCGAACGGAUGCUCAAUAUUCGAGCUCGAGUGGCGCAGCUUGCCAAGGGUGACGAUUUAUUUCAGCCGUGGGAAGAUGUGAGGCGUCGCAUUCUGUGGGCUGGAGGCCUCAAAGAUCUCACCAAUGUUCGACCGGGAGAAGGCUACACGGGGCAUGCUUUCAACGACUUUAACCAUGUGGAUUUGACCGCCAUGAUGCCCGUGGAUAGUCAAAACAAUGGUGAAAUUCGAGGCAUUGCUAGAGGGAAUUUCCUCGGCAAGGGUAUUCGAGUUGCCUCCCUUCCAGAACUUGGAUCUGGAGGAUCUUGGUCGACCUGUGCACUCGGGUGCAACAAAGAUCCACCACAAGAUGUGGCCCACAUUCAAUUCCAAUCCAGAAUCGCCUUUAAACUGGUUUGGGUGCCCAAUGAACAUUUUGAUACGUUUGUACUGGUGGACGAUGAUGGCAGGCAAUUGGCACACGGAAAGCCAUCCGACGGUCCAGCUGGACUUCCCAAUCUAAGAGAACGGCAACGCAACUAUCAGAUUGUUGCGGGAUCGAAAUACGCCAAAGAAGCUGAGGCGCUGGCCCGAAAGAAUAGUGUAAAGGAUGAACUAUGA